GAAGAGUUUGUCAGAAAAUCUCUUGGAGAGAAUGUUUAUAUGUUUCAUUGUGCUCAAUGUUUCCUAGCCCUUCACAUCCAACGGUCCAUACUCACCCAAAUGUCUCUCAUAAGUCUACUACUAGUCUACUACUACCCCUUCUCUCGUUCCUUCUCAAAACGAAGAGAAACCGACCAAAUUGAACAAACAGACUGAGACUGAGACGACGAUGGCUCGGGCUGAGCUUCAUCCGCUUCUCUCUCUCUUUACUCUCUUUCUCACCUUGUCGACUCUCCCCAGUCCGUCGAGUCCGGCCACCGACACCUUCAUCUACGGUGGCUGCUCGCAGCUAAAAUACGCGUCGGCCUCAGCCUACGAGACCAACCUCAACUCCCUCAUCACCUCCCUGGUCAACUCCGCCACCUUCUCCGCCUACAACAACUUCACCGUCACGAGUUCCAACUCACACGACGUCGUCUACGGUCUCUACCAAUGCCGGGGCGACCUCUCCAUGCCGGACUGCUCCCAGUGCAUCGCCAGCGCCGUGAGACAACUCGGCGUCCUCUGCUUCGACUCGUGCGGUGGCGCGUUGCAGCUGCAGGGCUGCUUCAUCAAGUAUGAUAACACGACGUUCCUGGGCGUAGAAGACAAGACCGUGGUGUUGAAGAAGUGUGGGCCGUCGACUGGGUAUAAUCCUGACGUCAUGAGCCGGAGAGAUGCGGUUCUGGCCAGUCUGACCAGCGGAGGUGGGCCCUAUAGGGUAGGCGGGUCCGAGGACGUUCAGGGGAUCGCGCAGUGUGUGGGGGACCUGAGUGCAAGCGAGUGUCAGGAUUGCUUAUCUCAGGCGAUCGGACGGUUGAGAAGUGAUUGUGGCACGGCUUUUUCGGGCGACAUGUUCUUGGGCAAGUGUUACGCCAGGUACUCAACCAGUCCUGCUGCUGCCGGUGGUGGUGGUGGCGCUGGGAAUUAUUACUACUCUCAGGCCAAAAAUGAUUCAUCUGAUGAGACUGGAAAGACUCUCGCAAUUAUUAUCGGAUUAUUGGCUGGGGUGGCUUUAAUCAUCAUCUUUGCUUCUCUGUUAAGAAGGGUGUGUGGGGAGAAAGGUAAAUAAAUUGAUACAGGUGGGAAUUGUAAUUGCCGGAAACUGCACUUGACUCCGGCGAUUUCUGGUGGCUCUUUUGCUUCACUUUUUUUUUUCUCUCUCGACUUCUAUUUUUCUUCCUUCUUUAUCUUUUUUGAACUUUCUUUUGUAUUUCUAUAAAAGGAGACUCUAAAAAGAAGAUGGAAAGGAUGUGUUUAGAAAGGUAUGUUGGAACAAAUGAAGAGAAAGCUAGAAAGAUAAAAAGGCAGGAGGCCAAGAUUCCACUCUCCUCACCCCACUUUGCAAAGUUGUUGUCCAUUGUGCAGAAACAAAUGCAAAUUCUUUUAGAAGGUGAUUAGGUGCAUCGUCAUAUCAUCCUGGUCUUUGUAGGCCUUCACUUUAUUACUUUGUCCAUAAUUCAGGGUUGGGAAGCUUGGUUUUAUCCCAAAAAUCAAUGGUACAACCUGAUUGUUCUCUAAAUCUAUUAUCAAUUUAAUAAUGUGAUUCAGUCUAAUUUGUGCAGACGGUGAUGGAUCUAGUUGAUUCUUUUUUUCUUUUUGGAGCCUCACAACUAAUAAGAUGGGUUUUGUAUUUUA